CAUGGCGACCUCUACGAUGGCAGUUCGGCUUCUGAAGUCAUCAUGCUGCAGAUCCAUAUUUCGUCGAAACUUCAGUAAGACAUCGGUCCGAGCUGGAACACAGAUGACCGUACGUGAUGCCCUGAACUCUGCUAUUGAUGAGGAAAUUCAGAAGGAUGAUUCUGUGUUUGUUCUUGGAGAGGAAGUUGCAGAGUAUGAUGGAGCAUACAAGGUCACAAAGAAUCUGUGGAAAAAAUAUGGAGACGACCGGGUUAUAGAUACCCCAAUCACUGAGAUGGGCUUUGCUGGAAUAGCUGUUGGGGCAGCCAUGGCUGGUCUGAAACCUAUAUGUGAAUUCAUGACCUUCAACUUUUCCAUGCAAGCUAUUGAUCAGGUCAUCAAUUCUGCAGCUAAAACAUUCUACAUGUCAGCUGGGAAUGUACCUGUUCCCAUUGUGUUUCGCGGACCUAACGGAGCUGCAGCAGGCGUGGCUGCCCAACAUUCACAGUGCUUUGCUGCCUGGUACAGUAGCUGUCCUGGACUCAAAGUUAUCUCCCCUUAUUCCUCUGAGGAUUGUAAAGGUCUGUUAAAGGCUUCCAUCAGGGACCCCAACCCAGUUGUCUUCUUAGAAAAUGAACUUUUGUAUGGUACUGCCUUCGAAAUGUCAGAUGAAGCACUGUCUGAUGAAUUUGUACUUCCAAUUGGCAAGUGUAAAAUUGAAAGAGAAGGUAACCAUGUAACCUUGGUAACUCACUCCAAGUAUGUAGGGGUUUGCCUGGAUGCUGCCAAAGAGUUGGAAGGUCAAGGUGUUGAGUGUGAGGUGAUUAAUCUUAGAACCCUACGUCCGUUGGAUACUCAGUCGAUCAUAAAAUCUGUGAUGAAGACCAACCACUGUAUUACAGUAGAAGGUGGAUGGCCACAGUGUGGCAUCGGCUCAGAAAUCUGUGCCACAAUCGUGGAAAGUCCUGCUUUCAAUUACCUAGAUGCCCCGGUAUUAAGAGUGACAGGAGCGGAUGUACCCAUGCCAUACGCUCAAUCCCUUGAGGCUGCUGCUCUCCCACAGACACCAAAUAUCAUCAAAUGUGUUAAAAAAGUGCUGAACAUCCCUUGAUGUACAUAUUUCUAGACAUCUUAAAGUAUGGAAAGAGAUGGAUGUAAAAAAUUCUGCAUUUACUUGUGUUGGUCUGAUUUCCAAAAACGUAAAUUUUAAAGAAUGAAACACAGAGUUUGUCAGAGGAAACAAUGUACAGUUACAAUUCUUGUUCAUAUUUCUUAGAUAAGUUUGGACCUGAUACAAAUGUAUGUUCAUUUAUUAAUAACAGUGCAAUGUUCAAAAUGACAUGAUUCCUUUCAUGAUCAAAAUUACAUAUAUGUGUCAUUGCAGAUGAUAGUGCUAGGUAGUAUUGUUUAAGUGAAUGUCUUUAUUCCAGGUUUCUGGUUAAGUCGGUGUCAAAAUAUAAUAAUGUUAACAUUUUAUUGAGCUGCAACCAGGAAGUUUGGCAUUAUUAACAAAGAACAGUGGUUGAGCAAGGAAAUUGUUUUUGAGGGAACCAUGGAAAACAUGACUUUUUAUGGCUAUUGGAAAACAAAGUGGCAAAUGAAAUGAUGGUGAUUAUACUUGUAUCCUGGGUAUUGAAUCAUAUGUGUCUAUAUUACAAGAUGAUUUAUCUUCAGGAUUAGUAUCUAAAAUACUCUUACUUUAUGUGUGUUGACUACUAUUUCUGAAAUUCAUAUGAUUUCAAGAUUUAGCUUUUUUCUUUUCACUUUCCGUGCACUAACCUAUUAAUUUAUUUUGAUAUUUAUACGGAUGUCCCUCUGAUCUUAACCUGGCUUUUUUUUUUUUUUUUUUUUUUGAUACUUCCAAGAAUGUUACAUAUCAGGCAUGAGUUUAAUACAGGUCACUUCACUGUUUAAAGGUCUCAUCAAUAUUCAAGUCUGACAUACUGCCUUAAAGUACCUAGCUGUAAGUGUAGAUGGAAUAGAUUCUCAACUAUCAGAGGUACUGGUAAAGGUAACAAAGAAUCUCAGAAUGCUUGGCCAACUGGAUACAAAAUGAACUUGUAAUGACAACUUGUAUAGAUUCUGGUAUAUACUUUAUUUUUGAUAUACUGUAUAGUUGAUUUAAUUUUGCAAGGCAGGUAUUUCAGGGUUGUACCAGCUAAUUCACAGGUAUUAAAUUUGCACAUAACGAUAUCAGUGGACUGAUGUUUAUGUAUACAGACAUAACAUAUUUUGUGAGAUUUUCUGUAAAAACUUUUGCUGGUUAUUUAAUUUUUUCACGAUCUUUAGUAACAGUGAAUAUAUCAAAAUCAAAUUCCCUGCAAGUAUUACCAACUAUACAGUAAAUUUUCCUGUACUUAUGAAUUGAUUUGACCCAAAGUGAUUUUAGUUCACGAUAUUCUGAUUCAGAACAUUGGUGGGUGGGUGUAUUUGUUUGUGAACCUCCAAUACAGUAUUGUGAUUCAGCAUUCAUUGUUUUUGUGAAUAGAUGGCCGUCAUAUUUUGCUGGUUUUCAUGGGUUUUCCUUCAGAAAAUAAAUAUAUUUAUCUUUAUUUAAACUUGAUUUCCUGUGUUCUCGGAUGUCAAUAAUGACUAUCAAAUAUACUGUUGCUUAAAUAUUUCUUCAGUAAAGAUGAAUAUUAUAUAUGUGUAUCAUUAUAUUAUUGUACAGGUCUUUUAAAACUAGAAAAUGACUGUAUUCCUGACUUGAAGAAAACCAACAGUAUCAUGCAAUACAAUAAAAACAAUAUUUGAAGCAUGCUACAUAUAGUGGUAUUUUUUUGACAGUGAGCUCGUGUCUGACAAUAAACCCGCCCAUAUUGUUUUAAUGUUCAUGCAAUUCCUGUAACCAGCCCAACCCCUAAUCUUGAGUCAGAAGUACUAUUAUUGUGCCCACCAGGCUAACAGCAGGACAAAUACACUGAUGUACAAGGUAAUUGAGUUUAGUAGCAGUAGCAGAUGAUUGAAAAUUUAUCUCAAACGAACGUCUUUGUAAUUUCCUUUCAAUAUAGGUAGAUAUUAAAAUACCACAGCACAAUCCAAACUGAUAAUCAAAUAUCCUACCUAAAUGAUGUAUGGUUAGUGUAAUAAUGAAGAGAUCAUUCAUGGCAUUAACAAAUGUUAGAUUUGUGUGUAUGAUAUAAGAAUUUUUAGCCGUUUUAUGUGUAAGUGUUUUUGUUAUUUAUCCGUUUAAGUUUUCAAUAUCACAAAAAGAAUAUUUUAGAAACUAAAAAGUCUUUGAAGAAAA